AUGACAGUCACGACAGUCCCUGCGACGCAUCCCAUUGCAAGACGCGGCCCCAUCGCACAAACAAGCACAGCAGAGUUGCACCAGUCCAGCGGCCUCCAGUACCAACGUCGCGAGGCUCAUAUUCCGAAGGGGUCAAAUGAAGAAGAAAAGCUCUACAUCCUGACACUUCUUACCGACAAGCGACACCAUGAUGAAAUGACUGCACUGCGAAGACAAUGGUUUCCUCCAAAGUUGCUCAAGGUGGACGCUCAUAUCACUCUGUUUCACGCGUUACCUGGUUCCAAGCUAUCAGAAGUCAAGGCAGAUAUUGCGAACAUUGCAGCUCGAACAGCGAGAUUCUCAAUUGGUGUUGGGAAUCAGGACGUUUACGAAAUGGGGAAGGGCGUUGGCAUCAAGCUCUAUGCUGGUCAAAGGAGAGCUUUGAGCAUACGCAGUGAAUUGAGGGACAAAUGGGAGCCUUUUCUCAGCGACCAAGAUAGACGAGAGAAAUGGAGAGGUCACUACACUAUCAUGAAUAAGCAGGAUGAUAAGGAAGAGGUACAGAAGUGUCUGGACUAUUUAAAGGAGGGACAUGCAGAGAGUAAGGGUACUGUUGAAGGACUGAGUUUGUGGCUGUAUGAUGGAGGUUGGUGGAGGGAAGAUGAGGUAUUUAAAUUCUCAUGA